GUGUUUUAUUAUCAAGAAUGAAAUGGAAAUCAGUCUUCAUUCGAUGCUUUUGAACAUUGGAGAUUCUCGAUUUCCGUUAGAAAAUUUGUUUUGGUGGACAGGAGUGAGUUUUUGUGGAAACGAUAUGAGCACCUUCUAUCAGAACCCUCCAGUCAAAAUAGGAAGUUAUAUUCUUGGGAAAACUUUAGGUGUAGGUUCUUUUGGAAAAGUCAAGUUGGCAGAACACGAACAAACUGGCAAAAAAGUGGCGGUGAAAAUAUUGAACCGGCAAAAGAUAAAAUCCCUUGGAAUGGAUGAAAAAGUGCAGCGUGAAAUAAAGAUUCUCAAGUUGUUCAACCACCCACAUGUCGUUCGCCUAUAUGAAGUGAUAGAUACUCCAACCGAUAUUUUUGUGGUAACAGAAUACAUCAGUGGAGGAGAGCUUUUUGACUUUAUCGUGGAAAGAGGACGUUUGAGUGAAGAUGAAGCUCGUAAAUUCUUUCAACAGAUUAUUUCCGGUGUUGAAUAUUGUCACCGCCAUAUGGUCGUACAUCGUGAUUUGAAACCAGAAAAUUUACUUUUGGACUCAAAUAUGCACGUCAAAAUAGCGGAUUUUGGACUAUCGAAUAUUUUGAAGGAUGGUCAGUUUUUAAAGACGAGUUGUGGUUCUCCCAAUUAUGCGGCUCCAGAAGUUAUAUCAGGAAAACUUUAUGCUGGUCCAGAGGUUGAUAUUUGGAGUUGCGGAGUGAUUGUGUAUGCUUUACUUUGUGGUUCAUUACCUUUUGAUGAUGAAAAUAUUCCCAACCUUUUUAAGAAAAUAAGGGGUGGCAUUUAUAUUCUUCCUUCUUAUCUUUCUGAACAUUCUCGUGAUAUUAUCUCCAGAAUGUUAAUUACGGACCCAUUAAGACGUAUUACCAUAGAAGAGAUUCGGAGACAUCCUUGGUUUAUCACCAAACUUCCACGAUAUAUAGCUUUAGGUCCCCAAAGUAUUCAUCAGCUACUGAACAUUGAUGAGAGGGUUUUAAAACUUGUUGAAGAGCGUACCGGAUAUUCCAGAGAGAAAGUAAUCAAUUCUUUAAAAAAGGGCAAGCGCAACUGUUAUUCAGUAGCCUAUCAGUUGUUGAAGGAUUCUAUUGUGAAAAUGGAUAUCUCUGAGGAGAUGGAAGCAGCUAUUUCGGAAACUUCUCUCCAAGAGACUCAUUUUAUGAACAACAAUAAGGAAGAUGAAGUUUAUCGCCAUUUGUAUCGUAAGAUGGACUCUAACCAUUUUUGUCUCGGAAUACGUAUGAAAGAACCCAGUGCUUCGGAAACGAUGAUCAAGCUUUAUCGAGUAUUGACUUGCAAUCAUUGGAAAUGGAGAAAUUUUGGACAAUAUCAUAUAAAAGUAGUGACUGUCCCUGUUUCGAAUCAUGUAGCUUUCGUGAAAAUGAGCAUACAGGUGUAUAAAGAUGUGGAUGGAUAUCUCGUAGAUAUCCAAAAAUUGCGUGGAAAUGUGUUGUUAUUUUUGGAAAGUUGUGAUGUAUUGUUUAAACAACUUGCUGGUUGGUGAUGUUGAUAGUGUUUCUUUUUGGAUUGUUUCCAUUUUUGAGAUAUUUUUUGAGCUUUGAUAUUAUUUGUAAAUAUCUCUUGGAUUUUUAUUUAUUAAGGAGUUUUGGGUUCUUCUAUAAAUGUUAUAGAAGAAAA